AUGGCAGCUGAUGCCAGGGACCCGGUCCCGGAGCAGCUGGAGAGGCUUCGGGAGGAGCUCCGGGCCGAAACGGCGCAGGCGCUCUCCGAGUGCUUGGGGCGGCUGGAGCGCCUGGAGUCGGAGCUGCGCAGCCUGCGAGAUGCGCGUUUGCAGGUCGCGGAGCCUGGGGCCUUUUUGGGGAGCCCAACUGCCGUAGUACCUUCGGAGCCAUCAAAAAGAAAGGUGCAGCCGGAGGCGGAGACUUCGAAGCCUCAAGCAUCCAAACAGGGGACGAAAGAAGCUUGGCUCCCGGAUGAUGAAAAAGAGCCGAUCCCCUUUUCAGAGUCGACUUGGAAUCUGCUCCUCGUCCUGGGCUUCACAAAGGCUGGCUGGAUCGACAUUGUGGUUGGCUGCGGGGUCUUGGUCGGAAGUCUUCUGCUGCAGGGAGGUUUGUGCUACGUACUUCUAACUGGUGCUUUCCUUGGAAAGCCCCUGGCCGGACAGAUCGACACUGCGAGGAGGUGGCGGACCUUCACUGCGCAUGAUUUCAAGCAUCUGGACAUCACUGAAACGAGCCUUGUGUCGCGCGUUUGCAACGAAGAUGGAUCCUUGAUCAUGUCCACGAAGCAGGCAGACCUCAUCUCGCAGCUGAACGCUUACCUUGGCAUGAAAGCUCACGAGUUGACUCCGGAGGGCGUCUCUCCGGGGAGUGUGCUGUGUGUUCUAUGCAUUGCCUGGUGGUGCCUCUACGUGGCCAGAGAGUACCGGUCCAUCUUCUCGUCCUUGGAAGGCUUGUGGAACGUGCCGCGGGGGCCCUCCAUUCUGGAGCUGGGAACCCUUCGGUCGGUGUCACUUCCACGUGUUCUUCUUUUCUGCGCACUGCGGCUCUUGAAGGCUGUUAUUUCAAGCCUCUUGCUUGCCGCCGGCAUCCAGUGGCUGGUGAACGCCAUAGCCAUAAGGAGCAUAGUCUUACGGGCCGUCGCCAUAAAAACAUUGUUUGAGCUCGACGCCGUGUUCUAUGCGGCUUUCAUGCCAAAGCGGCUCCAGGUCAGCAUGAGAAAGCUAAAGCCCCUGCAGUUUCGCAACUCUGCGUGGCGGAGCCAACUUGAAACCCUUCUCCUCUUGCUCUUCUUCUUCGGGGUGACGAUCGGAACCUGGCAUCAGCUGGUUGACCCCAUUGCUAAGACCAUGGAACGCAUCAAGACCGAGUAUUGCGGUGGAAACCAGAACUUUGUGGUCGGCGUAAACGACCAUCACGGUUUGGCAGUCGGACGGUCGAGCAUGGCCUAUGACCCAGCCCGCGCUGAAGACGAGAUCACUGGUGCUGUGUAUGACUACGCGUUCAAAUCAAACGAGAGCCACCUGAUCUUAUUUCACGCCUCACCACGGAGCUUUGAGAAGACGCGAGUGGAAACCAUGGCUACAGCCACCACUUCCAUUCUGGAGUGCACCAACUUCGACCGAUGGUUCCUUCGCGGGGAAGAGCGACCGAUACCCAGCACCUACGGACCCUACUUUCGGUCCGCCUCUUUGUCUGUUGGCAUGGCGCCGAACAGCACCUGCGAAGACAUGGCAAGUCAUUGCACCGAUGUCGAUGCGCAGCUCCUUCGCAUGGUCUGCGGUGUGACUUGCGGCUGUACCGAGCCACAGGCCAAUCCGUUGUUCAAAGUGCGAGCACAAGGAUGCUUGAAGAGAUGUCUGGACGAGCAGCCGAUCUGGAUAGUCGGCGAACCCUGCGUGGACGUAAGCACAGACUCUGAAGCUUGGCAGUCCUUCUGGGACAUGUACCCUUCAGCCAUGGAAGCUUAUUUCGGCGCAACGCCGGAACAGAUCUUCAACCUCGCAGAGGUGGCACACAGCAUGAAGCAAGCGGGCUGCAACUAUUUGGCUGAGUUCACGCAUGAGGUCAUCACGGAAGUGCGAUACUGUGAUGGACAUCCUUCGCUUUUCUCUCCACUGAGCCUUCUUUGCCCCCGAACCUGCUGCACUGGUAGCAGCAUUUUCUGCCCAUCGAGCUGCGGCGUUUAA